GAUUUGUUUGGUUUACAAAACGAGAAAUUGCAAGAAAAAGGAGACUUGAACGGCUUGUUCUCUCUUCUUUCCGUGAUAGACUGAAACUGCCCACCAAAAGGCAAAUACCAAUCUCUGCGAAGAUCAAGAUGAAGAUCAUGGUCGCCAUUAAGCGAGUCGUCGAUUACGCUGUCAAAAUCCGAGUUAAACCAGACAGAAUUAGACGGGCGUCGAGACCCAGAAUGUGAAAAUGUCGAUGAACCCCUUUUGCGAGAUUGCGCUUGAGGAAGCCCUACGUAUCAAGGAAUCUGGCUUGGCCUCUGAGGUUGUGGCGGUGAGCAUGGGUCCGACUCAGUGCGUGGACACGCUCAGGACGGGCCUCGCGAUGGGUGCUGACAGGGGCAUUCAUGUGGAAGCCGUCGGACCCCUUUACCCUCUAUCUGUUGCUAAGAUUUUGAAGGCUCUUGUCGAGGUUGAGAAGCCUGGCCUUCUUUUACUAGGCAAACAGGCUAUUGAUGAUGAUUGUAAUCAAACGGGGCAGAUGGUUGCAGGACUUCUGAACUGGCCUCAAGGAACUUUUGCUUCGAAGGUUGUGAUAGAUAUGGAGAAGCAGGCAAUUACGGUGGAUAGAGAAGUGGACGAUGGCCUCGAGACUCUGUGUUUGGACUUACCAGCUGUAAUCACAACUGACUUGAGGCUGAACCAACCGAGGUAUGCCACGCUCCCAAACAUAAUGAAAGCAAAAUCGAAAGCCAUAAAGAAGUUCACUCCACAGGAGUUAAACGUCGAUGUGAAGCCGGAUUUAGAGGUCGUCGAAGUUACAGAACCGCCAAAAAGAAAAGCGGGUAUCAUUUUGUCUUCUGUUGAUGAGCUGAUUGACAAACUCAAAAACGAAGCUCACGUCAUUUGAUUAUUUGAUCCGUCUCUUUAUAAUGCAAAUGAACAGUAUAAACUAUACUUUGGGCUCAAUAACAGAAUCUCUGUUCUCCUCAUCCAUAGUUAAAGAGUGCCCUUUGUCGUC